ACUUCUUAGCUCGCUGCUGCCUGGUGUCCUGCCCUUGUUGCAGCUGACUGUUCCCAGCAGCGCAGCAGCCUCCGUGCCGCCUCCGCCGCAGCCAACACAGCAACAACAGCAGCCGCAGCGGUAGCCGUAGCAUCGUAGCCACCGCCACCGGUGCAGCGCACCCUUAUUACCCAUUGCCAUCCCCGCCACUCCACCGAGCUCCCAACCAGAGCGACCACCAUCUAUCUGAUCGCCCUCCACCUCCCUCCUUUCCCCGGCCCGCUCGCCCCCAAUGUCUGACUCUGACUCUCGGACUGAGAAGCGCAAGAAAAAAAGACCAAAUGGCAAAGCAACCGUCAGAUCUAAAUUCUGAGUGCAACAGAGAAGGUGGACAAUUGCAGCCUACAGACAGGCCUACUCAGCCUCAACAACUCAGACCAGGGGCCCCUACCUCUAUACAAACACAGUAUCAAGGUAAUUCAGGUGAAGGGGACAGCUGCUCACCCAGCAGCCCUCAGGGACCGUUUGCACCACCCACUAGCCCUAGUCCGUUUGCUACCAGAUCCCCACUUUUCAUCUUUGUGAGAAGAUCCCCACUGCUGCCUCGAUCUUCCAGUGGGUAUUUCUCUUUUGACACAGACAGGAGUCCAGCACCUAUGAGUUGUGACAAAUCUACACAAACUCCAAGCCCUCCUUGUCAAGCCUUCAAUCAUUAUCUAAGUGCAAUGGGUAAGCAAGAUCAUGCUUCCAUGAGGCAGUCUCAAUCAAUACCUGCAGACAUGCGGCCAGAAAUUUGGAUUGCACAAGAAUUGAGACGUAUUGGAGAUGAGUUUAAUGCUUCUUAUCCAAGAAGGGGGUUUUUGGAUAAUAACUAUCAAGCAGGAGGUGACCAGCACCAAAUGGUUAUUUUACGCUUGUUACGUUACAUCAUCCGCCUUGUUUGGAGAAUGCAGUGACGAUUCUUUGAGAAGGAAGGAGUGCACGGAAAUUUUUACUUGCUAUAAGUCAUCAAGUAAAAGUACCACUUGCAUCUUCAUAUAAUUACUAUGCAAUCAACAGAUUUUUUCCCUAAAGGACAGAAGGGCAGUAGGACUCCACAUUUUUUGAAGACACUUGUACAUGAACUUGAAAGUGGAUUUUGUUCAUCACAUGACAAAAUUUUAUAAAAGGGAGAUCAUUGUGAAUGUAGAUGAUGGAUUUUUAAAAAAUAUAUCAAUCACCAUUCUUUGAAGCAGGAUUUUAUGCAAGAGUGGUGUUUACAUUGGUGUGUUUUUCAACUUCUUUAAUAAGAAGGGACAAAUUUUCAAAAAGGAAGUGGAAACUUUUUGACAAACUCACAAAUGAUUUUUGUACUAGAUUUUAAAGAACCUGUUGCUUAGUCUCAAAAGAGGAUGAUGUAUAUAUCCUGCAGUGGAAACUGAGCCAGCUAAUUUGUAAGCUGCCUUAGUUUAUUUGGGGUGGGGGGGAUUAUUGUACAGUUUACUUCUCUUUUCUUUUUAGCAGGGAGAAGUGUGUCUCCCCUGUUGUUCUAUCCUCUUUAUUCUGUACUACCUUUAUGCCAAAAUCAGCAUAAUAAAAUGGAGCUGGUUAAAAAGGGGUAGGUUGUUAACCUAUGCCAGCAUGCUUCUCUCUUUGUAAAUACCUAACCUCCUCUUUAAAUUUAUUUGCAUCUGUGGCAGACUUCAGGCUACCUUUGAACACACUCUGUCUUCUAUGAGGAGCUUCAAGAUUUUGUAGCCAAUUAAGAUUCUUAAAGAUCCAAAUAGGUUCCAAGUUAAUUAACAUGUUUAAAAUUAAGUAUAAUAGAAUUAAAAUAAUUUUACCCAUAUUGGUCUUGGCAACAGUUCUGGAUGUUGGUUUUUUUUUUUUGUUUUUUUUAAAGAUCAGCCUGGACAGUAUUUGUUUUAACUUAUUUUAAUGGAUGUUUGCUUCAGAAAGUCUGAGGAGGCUGAAACAAUAAAAGAAACAGAAUAAUUGAGUCUCUUGGACUUUUGGCUACUCUUAAUAGAUUGUUGAUGCAGGGAUGAAAUGCUGUAGUUGUAGAAUGCCAGGUGAGCUUAAUAGAAAGAGCCAAGAGUUUUCAGUCACCCCUCACAGAGACUUGAUUGAUUGCAUGACCAAAAGUUUGAGUCCUGACUGCCCAAUGAUGUAACUAAAUAGGAAAUGCCUUGCCAGCUGAGGUGAUAAUGGAAGAAGCUCCUUCAGUUGACAGGUUUAAAGACUCAUCAGUGAGAUUUUCUCUAGAAUCCCACUAACUUAGGAUGCCUAAUAUUCCCAAAAUCAGAUUCCUUCGGAAGUACAGGUUUAAUUCUGGUUUCACCAGUACCAUAGAAAAAUUCAAUUGGGCACAAUUAUGAAAUGUUCCAAUAUAUUUAAUGUCUCAAGCCAUCUCUAAGCCUCUGAGUGCCAAUUUCUUUCUUACCUUUUAGUUUGACAGGUAGGUUUUUAAAUGUAUUUUGUGCACUGGUCUUCAAUGCCUCAUCCAUGGCAGGUGCAGUUCUUUAGAUGUGAUCCUAUUCCUGAUUACUCUUUUUUCAUCUUGAAAUCACCACAUAGGACUAGGAGAAAACAGAGUAAAUCUAAAGAGGUUUCUGUUUAUUUUUAGUUGAUUUCAGAGGAAAAAGGUUCAUGGAGUUUGCAUUGUGUAUCCACAAGUGGGAGAGGGAGGUCAGAUGGCUUGGGAGAUUGUUUCAUGAACCCCACUACUUUUUCAGGGUGAAAAGUCAGCCUUCUGAGCAACUUUUUGUUUCAAAGUUCUUUUUGAAUUGUCAAGUAAGAUUCAGUAGUGCCAACAGCUAUCGUAUUCUCUUUUGUCCCUUAGAGGAUCCAGUGUUCCUGUAAUUCUGCUUAACAAUUGAAGAAAAAAUAUGUUGAAUAUGUGGUUUUGUAAUUACCUCUUUUUUUUUUUUUUUUUUGGUAUAUCCAUCUUUACCAUAUAUUCGGAGGAAUUUUUUUCUUUCUCUUAUGCUGAAGGAUACUUCUUUCCCUCUUAGUGAUUUGGAAUUAGGUUCAUAGGAAUUGUGUUGAAUUUCAGCUGUGGUUUCUUGAAUUAGUCUUGAAACCUUAUUUAGUAAGGUCACAUUGUCCGUUGGUUAUGAGAACGAAAAGAGACUAUAACAGAAAGUAUUAGAAUUUGUGUACCUUGCUGGACACACCAAAGAUGUUUGGUUCCACCUGAAUCCCCUACUUGGAUAUCUAUGAUCAUAUGCUAAUUUCUGCAACUGGAGCACUUUACUUCUGUUUCUUUUAACUAUACAUCUCCCCUUGGAGUUGGAAGCAAUGAAAUUAAAAGGACGUUUUUGUAAGGCUCUGCUGGCCCAGUGCCCCAGUGGGGAUUCAUGUCCUUUCUUGUACAUUUACCUCAAGCAUGGUCAUGCAACAGGUUUGCCUCCAUUGCUUCAGGCUGAUAUAAAUAAGCCUAAUGAUGAGCUAGAGAAAUUCUAUGAAUUAUGGAAGCAGUAAAGGACAGGAUGUUGGCACCAUGAGUUUGAGAGAGAAAUACAUUUCUCUGUACUGUAUCUCUUAGAGAUCACGAUGCCUCCUGCAGUAUACCUUGGGUAUACUUUUUUUAAAGACAGAACUAGUUCCACUUUUUGAAAACUUAAUGCGGGUUUUGUGCCUUGACAACCUCUGCCCACGUUGGGUUUGUAGUAAGUCUCCCAUGGCAUAACACUGAAAUGCAAUAAAUAAGCAAAGGUCAAAAUACUUAAUUUCACAAGCAAUUUUUCAGAUAAUAUAUCCCUUCUAUCCUGCCAAAACUUUAUGAAGAAUUUUCUUUGGUUGUGGAGAAACCAGUUUAAAUUUCUUCUGAUAUAAAAUUUGUAUAAAAUUUUUCCCUCAUUUCCUCCCUUUAACCCCUCUUCUAUUUUAUUGUAAAUAUUUGAAUAUUUAUUAGAUUAGGACAUCUUUACUUUAUCUUAUCAACUGAGCCAAAUGUCUGUGUGCAAUUGUGUGUUGUUCUUUUGUCUUUUCUGUAAGAUUUUGUAAAUAAGUAAAAAUCACUGUUUUCUAAACCUUUUUUUUUAGAAUUGACAUUUGUAAAUAUGUAGAUUCUUUUCUGUGUAAUGUGUUCUACUGUUUCAUAAUGCUGUAACUUGUAGAAAUAUUGUAUAUUUAUUUUCUGCUUAUUUAAUUUCUCAAGUUCUGUAAAGUUAUGCAUUCCCUUUCCCUCCCCCAGAUUAUCCACAGAAGUAGUGAUUGAUCAGUUCAGUGCACUGUCUCUUUCAGUGCUGUCCGUAUGAUUUUUCUACGGUGGUCCUCCAAAUUUCAUUCUUCCUCACUUUACUUUUAUUAAACUUUUAGGCUUUGCCAAUCACGAUUUUUAAUGCUGAGGGAGCUGAUAAUAGCCAAAUGCUGGAAUCUACUCAAAGCAUUAGCUGUUCCAGUUGUAAACCAUAGCAGAAUAUGUUUGUUCUAAGCCCCAUCUUUAGGCACAAAAAAUGUUUAGCAUUUCAGAAAAGUUCACUGCCGUUGACUAGUCAGGGUUGAGAAAAACAAAAGAAUGAUCAGAUUAUAAAGGUUGCUGAAGUCUGGCGUCCGUUGGAUAAGUAGAUAGGUGAUAAGCUACCUUGUUUGGGUCCCCUGGCUUUUUUUCUCCUUCAUUUGUUGGGAAGGAAACAAGACUGGAACCGUUUUUGGCCCUUGGCCUUGUCACCCCAGCCCACCUACUGGUAGCAGGCUGACGGGAUAUAAGUUUACUUGUUUAAAAUCUUGCUUGUGUGCUUUACUUUGCAGUUGGAACGUGGUUCAUCCUUCCUUCCCCUCAAUGGAAUAGCAAUCCAUAGCAUUCCUAUAUUCCUGUUAGUUUGGCCUUGGUUUAAUUUGUUUUUCCCUCAAAAGAGAUGAUUUUGAGUCCAAAUGAAAAAUCUUUAAUUGGCUGUUAGGAUGUGAUAAGUUGUGAAUGUUUUAAGAAAGCCUGUUUCCUUAUAGGCUCCGUAUACAACAGUGAAAAGCUCUGCCUUUGCUGCUUAGCCAGGUGCCUACAUGUGUGUCUAUUACUCGGCACUCAUACACAUGAUGUGUGGGAGCUUUGGUGCAGGCGCACAGGUAAAUCAGCUAUGUAACUUGAUUUUUACACAUACACGCAUUUCCUUAGACAAGAAGCACUCUCAAGUUCUCAUGUAAAUAACCUGACUACUUAGGUAUUUUUUUUGGAUUUCAGAGGAUCUAAACAUUUCGUACCCUGGUUUCAAGACCACUAAUACUGUAUACUAACUCAUCAGGUACCUAUAUGUACAUAGCACUGAUCUGUAAUUUAGACUGAUUAAUCACUUACUUUGUUUCAUAGGACCCAGCAUAUGUAGCAUUUUUAUUGCAAUUUCCCUGGCUUACUUGUGUUUUGCACUGAUGAAUUUUUUGACAGGGUAAUUGUCACCUUACUUGUGCAAUACUGCUGUAAAUAAUUGCAGAUUUUUUAAGGAAAAACUCAAUCUUUUAUGUUCUUUAAUAAUGAAUUUUAUAUAAAUAAAACCUUCAACUACU